GAUUGUCAUCCUGCAGACAUAAUAAGUCUCUAUCAACUCACAAUUUAUGUCAUCGAACCUCAAUCGGCCUUGUUUUAACAUUGAAAUCACGGAGAGAAAAUUGUCUAACCCAAGCUUUAGAAAAUCUGGUUGAUCGGAACAAAAGAAAGAGGAGCACUUAUUCAAUCACGAAACGCCAAUCAUUGCUUGGACCCAUCGAAUUCAUUCCAACAGCUCUCAUUGCGGAAAGCAACAGCUAUUUACGUUGAUUCAGAUGUCGAAAUAAGAUUUGAUCUUCUCGAAAAAAGCUCGACAAAGCUUCAAUACCUAUCGCAUAUCUUUCACCAACUACAAUGGGCCAUUUCCCACUUCAAACAUGGCUCCUGUGCCUAGGAGCUCUGGGCGCAAUAGCUCAAUCGCCAUAUCGACCACAAGAACCAAUAAACGAUCCUCAUAAGUAUGCGAAAGCAUGUCCGGACUAUAAGAAAUAUUCGACCUACAGGCAUGGGCCAUUAUCUGAUGGACCUAUGGAAUUGCCUUUUCAACGGCCUGCUGAGGAAUGUCGAACAUUCUCCUCGCCUUUGGUGGAGAAGGUCAUCGAUGACAUGUCACUUAAGAUGGUUAACAAGGACCUUGCUAGACUGUUCGAAAAUGCUUUCCCCAAUACUCUCGAUACAACUGUACGAUGGCACGUCGACGGAACCACAAAGCACACGGAACUGAAGGCGAGGAGUGUUCAAAGCAAUCAGAAAUGGCAGGGAGCGCAGUCAUUCGUGGUUACGGGAGACAUCAAUGCGGAGUGGCUCAGAGAUUCUACAAACCAAUUGCUACAGUAUCAGCCUUUGUCAAACAAAGAUCCAGCUAUUUUCAAUCUUAUAUUGGGAGCUAUCAAUACACAAGCAGAGUAUGUUAUACAGUCGCCAUAUUGCAACGCAUUUCAACCUCCCCCGCCCUCGAAGCUUGCCGCAUCGCAAAACGGACAAGAUGACAAUGUCCACCCCGCAUACGAACCCUCUUUCGUCUUCGAAUGUAAAUACGAGCUAGAUUCCCUUGCCCAUUUUCUAGCUUUAGGAAACGCAUUCUACAACCACACUAAAUCAACUGACUUUAUCAAUUCACGGUGGUUGACUGCACUAGAUACCCUUCUCAUGGUCAUUGAGCAACAGUCCGAAUCUAGCUUUGAUUCGAAGACUGGUCGUUUCCAACGUAAUGCUUAUACAUUCAGCCGUCGCACCGACCAGGGAACCGAAACUCUACCAUUGUCCGGUGUCGGAAAUCCCUUAAAUUACGGUACAGGCUUGAUACGGAGCGCAUUCCGCCCUUCGGACGAUACUACGAUUCUAGGCUUUUUCAUCCCAGCGAAUGCUCAGAUGUCGGUCGAAUUGAAACGUACUGCCGAGAUCCUCAAAGUAGCCAAACGCUCCGAUCUAGCUCAAACUCUCGAGAAACGCUCACAAAGUAUCAAAGAUGGCAUUAUGAAGCAUGCAGUCGUACAACACAAGAAAUGGGGUAAAGUAUUUGCAUAUGAAGUAGAUGGCUAUGGUGGACAGAUCCUCAUGGACGAUGCCAACGUGCCUAGUCUUCUCGCCCUGCCAAUCCUCGGUUUCUGCAGCAAUGACGACCAAAUCUAUAAAAACACUAGAAAGAUGAUUUUAUCCAAAGAAGGAAAUCCAUACUAUCUCGAAGGAAAGGCAUUUAAAGGUAUCGGAGGCCCACAUAUUGGCCCCGAGAAUGCAUGGCCUAUGUCUUUACUGUUACAAGCCAUGACUAGCAACAAUGAUGACGAGAUUAUGGAGUGUUUGAACUUAGUUUUGAAAGCGAGUAGAUUGGGACUGAUUCACGAGAGUAUCAAUGUCAACCGUAUACAGGAGUAUACGAGGAGUUGGUUCGCAUGGGCUAACUCAGUCUAUGCACAAACAAUCCUCGAUCUCGCAAAACGGAAACCCCAUCUUUUGUUUGGGGAGGGCGCUGAUCCUUAUGACAUUGAAACUUGAUAUUUUUGAUUGUUAAGGAGCAACUUGUAUGUGUAUUAAGUAUAGAAGCAAUGAUCAUGCUUCGAUUGGAGUUAUGUUUAUGGAGGGAGUUAUCUGGGCGUAUUAGCCGGAUCAUGCUUGUUGGCGAAGCAAGACAGAUUACAUACAUGUAUUUGAUAUCCUACAAAGAAAAGUCACAUCUGAAUGCAAUAUUUACA